UCAAGAUAAGUAAAAUCAAAACAAACCUCUGCUGAUAUGUGAUAACUAUUUGUAAUUUGUAUCAAUAGAUGAUAUUGGUUGCGUUAUAUUUUUUAUUUAUUUUUCUUUACUAAUAACGUCACUUAUUCUUAAUAAACAGUUACGACAAGAUAACAGCCAAGGUCAUGUUAAUGUAGCUCUGUUGCUAAUGCACAUACAUCUGUGAAAACGAAUUAACAAAUAGUUUGUUUAGUUACCGACGAUAUGUCGCUAAAAGCCGUUUUACUAAAAAAUUUACUAAGGCAAAGUAGGCUUAGCAGCUACACACCCAUAGUAAUUAAUUACCAUAGAGAUUAUAGAUACAACAACACUGGCAAAGAAAAGAAGCAUAACAGAAAUGCUAUAUACGCUCUGUUGGGGUCUGUUAUUGUUGGAUCAGCAGCAAAUAUAAAACAGAAGGAAAGUAAAAACAGAGAGAAAGUAGAAGCUGGUGCCAAAAAACAAGGCUUACCCACUUAUACUGCAGAGGAAGUCAGCAAACAUGAUAACAAGAAAAGUUUUUGGGUGACAUACAAGUAUGGAGUAUAUGAUGUGACAUCAUUCCUGCCCUCCCACCCUGGGGGAGAGCAGAUCUAUAAUGCAGCAGGACUUAGCAUAGAACCAUUCUGGAAUGUCUAUGGCAUGCAUAAGACUGAGGAAGUGUAUAAACUUCUUGAGAGCUAUAGGAUAGGUAACCUCCACGACGACGACGUGGUCGAUCACAGCGACGACGAGCUGUGGGCGAGGGAACCGCACCGGGACCCGCGACUGUUGGUGAUGACAGCAAAACCGUUCAACGCCGAGAUACCGCCCCACUUACAGGUCCAGAACUUUGACACUCCUAACGAGCUGUUCUACGUGCGCCAACACAUGCCGGUGCCGGAGCUGGACGCCAAGGAGCACAGGCUGCGCGUGGUGCUGGUGGGAGACACCACCACCGUGAAGGAGUUCAGCCUGGAGGAGCUGCAGCAGUUCCCCGCCGCGCGCCUCAGCGCCGCGCUCAUGUGCGCGGGCAACAGGCGCAGCGAGAUGAACAAGGUGAAGCCAGUGAAGGGCCUGAGCUGGACCACCGGCGCCAUCAGCAACGCGCAGUGGGGCGGCGUGUACCUGCGCGACGUGCUGGCGCACUGCGGCCUCGACUUCGCCGCCGUGGAGGGGAAGCACGUCAUAUUCACGGGGUCGGACAUAGACGCGACGGGGGUGAACUUCUCCACCUCGAUCCCUCUGUACAUGGCGCUGGACCCCAACGCGCAGAUACUUCUGGCCACCAGCAUGAACGGUGCACCCCUGCCGCCCGACCACGGCUACCCGCUGCGGGUCGUGGUGCCCGGCGCGCCCGCCGUGCGCAGCGUCAAAUGGCUGCAGUCGAUCACGAUAUCGAAUGAAGAGAGCGGGUCGCACUGGCACCAGAAGGACUACCGCUCCUUCAACCCGACCAAGACGUGGGAGACGGCCGACUUCCCGUCCGCGCCGCCCGUCUACAGCCUGCCCGUCACCGCCGCCGCGUGCGAGCCGGCGGACGGCGCCACUGUCGCGCCGGUCGACGGACAUAUACAAGUUAAAGGUACAAGCGACACAUUACUUCCCUCCGCGCCGCCCGUCUACAGCCUGCCCGUCACCGCCGCCGCGUGCGAGCCGGCGGACGGCGCCACUGUCGCGCCGGUCGACGGACAUAUACAAGUUAAAGGGUACGCGUACUCGGGAGGCGGCGCAAAGAUCCUGCGCGUGGACGUCAGUAGCGACCGCGGACGCACGUGGCGCGAGGCGCAGCUGCAGUGCGACGCCGCGCCGCCGCGGACGCACUACGCGUGGACGCUUUGGACCAUCUCUAUGCCCGUCGACGGCGCCUGUCAGAUGGAGAUCUGGGUGAAGGCAACGGACAGCAACUUCAACACUCAGCCAGAGAACUUUGACGAUAUCUGGAACAUCCGCGGGAUACUCAGCAACGCUUAUCAUAGGAUUAAAGUUAAUAUAAAACGUUGAUAUCUGUUACACUUCUCUAACUCACUAAUUGUUUUAUUAUGUAUGGUUAAAUUGGUUUUUGUAUAUUAUAUUUUUAAU